AUCGGAAAAUGAGGUCGUGGGUCGUGGCGGAGAGACCAAAGAGGAAUAGGUUUCCUUUUGUGUGUGCAAUCUUGGUCUCCAUGAUUUUGAUACUUCUUGGUUACGAUAUAGGGGUGAUGAGCGGAGCAAUCAUAUACAUAAAGAGAGAUAUGAAGCUAAGUGAUGUCCAGAUAGAGAUUCUUGUUGGAAUCCUCAGCAUAUACUCUCUGGUCGGAUCUUCCCUCGCCGGCAGAACCUCCGAUUGGAUUGGUCGGAGGUACACGAUCGUGUUGGCCGGAGGAAUAUUCUUCGCCGGAGCUCUUCUCAUGGGAUUCGCCACCGACUACGCUUUUCUCAUGUUCGGACGAUUCGUCGCCGGAUUCAGCAUCGGAUUCGCCGGCAUGAUCGCUCCUGUUUACAUCGCCGAGAUUUCUCCGGCGUCUUCUCGUGGUUUCCUCACUUCUUUCCCCGAGGUAUCAGUGAAUGUGGGGAUAUUGUUGGGAUAUGUAUCGAACUACGCAUUUUCGAGACUGCCACUUGGGUUGGGAUGGAGAUUGAUGCUGGGAAUCGGAGCCGUACCGUCGGUGGUACUUGCGGUCGGGGUCCUGGCCAUGCCCGAGUCGCCUCGGUGGCUCGUCAUGCAAGGCCGACUCGGUGAAGCCAAAAGGGUACUCUUUAAAACCUCCGAUUCCCAUUCCGAAGCCCUUCACCGCCUCUCCGACAUCAAGCUUGCCGUCGGAAUCCCCGACCAUUGCAACGACGACAUCGUUCAGGUGGAUAAGAAAAAGAGCCAAGGUGAAGGUGUGUGGAAAGAGCUUAUUCUCCGACCAACGCCGUCAGUCCGCCGAGUUCUACUCGCAGCCAUCGGGAUCCUCUUCUUCCACCAAGCGACCGGAACUGACGCCGUCGUCUUGUACUCUCCCCCUAUCUUCAAAACCACCGGUCUUAAAUCCGACCACCAACAGCUUCUAGCCACAGUAGCCGUAGGUUCCGUCAAGACAUCAUCCAUUCGGGACCUUACAAACCGAUUCUAAUUUACUCAGGCACAAACUCGACCGACAAGUGCGAAAUAUUAUUUUGUCCAAACAAAAAGGCUCGCCACCGGGAGAGAAUCUGCUCUUACAAGAUUGGUUCUAUUUAACAAGACCACCAUGACAUCUUUAGUUUCUGUUGGCUCUUUUGUACCAUCCUCUAUUGUGGAAAUUUCCAAUUUUGAUAUACGGUUUUGCAACCGUGAUGUAUUUGUAACUGAUCCUUUCUUUUGAUUAAUAUAUUCACAUUUUAACAAAAAAAAAAGACAUCAUCCAUUCUGGUCGCAACCUUCCUUCUGGAUCGUGUCGGAAGACGGCCGUUGCUUCUGAGCAGCGUCGGAGGGAUGGUCAUGUCGCUUCUGAUACUGGGCACCUCUCUAACGGUGAUAGAUCACAACGAAGACAAGAAGGUGGCAUGGGCAUUAGGGUUAAGCAUAACGACAGUGAUGACGUACAUGGCGUCAUAUUCUAUAGGGUUGGGGCCUAUUACAUGGGUUUACAGCUCAGAGAUCUUUCCGUUGAGAUUGAGAGCUCAAGGGCUAAGCAUUUGUGUGAUAGUGAACAGAGUCACGAGCGGCGUGAUAACGAUGACGUUCUUGUCU